AUGAAGUUCUUUUUUAUCUGGGAAUGUCCAAUUGCAGCAUCCACAAGUGAAGACUCUCUGAAUGUCGUGCUCAGAUUGCAUGUGACGACGAAUCGUGUCGUUGUGAGGGAUCUUCUUGUCACAAACGAGGCAAUGUUGGUCAUCUCCAUGGAAGUUGAGACGGUGACGAUUGAGAGAGGCGGCAUGACAAAACGUUUUACCGCAAUGGCCACAAAGGAACUCUCCUUUGAGAUCUGGACGUUUCAAUUCGGCUUCCGGGCGGUAUGGCAUCCUUUGAUGGGUAGUAGAGAAAGAGUUCUGCAAAUAAUUGGAUGUGAAUAUAGGUAUAGAGAAUAG